AUGAUUUGGUAUGUGGCCACUUUGAUAGCAAGUGUGAUCAGCACCCGAGGUCUUGCGGCUCAAGCUGCCCACGGCCUUCGAGAGGAGCCUGAGUUUGUUACUGCGAGAGCCGGUGAGGGCGUGGUCCUGCGAUGCGAUGUGAUUCACCCAGUGACGGGACAGCCCCCACCCUAUGUCGUGGAGUGGUUCAAGUUUGGGGUGCCCAUCCCUAUCUUCAUCAAGUUUGGCUACUAUCCCCCUCAUGUGGACCCUGAGUAUGCAGGCCGGGCAAGUCUUCAUGAUAAAGCAUCCCUGCGACUGGAGCAGGUUCGCUCUGAGGACCAGGGCUGGUACGAGUGCAAAGUGCUCAUGCUGGACCAACAAUAUGACACCUUUCACAAUGGUAGCUGGGUCCACCUUACCAUCAACGCUCCUCCCACCUUUACGGAAACACCCCCCCAGUACAUCGAGGCCAAGGAGGGCGGCAGUGUUACCAUGACCUGCACAGCUUUUGGGAACCCCAAGCCCAUUGUCACCUGGCUGAAGGAGGGGACACUCCUAGGUGCUAGUGGGAAAUACCAGGUGAGUGAUGGCAGCCUGACGGUGACAUCGGUCAGUAGGGAGGACAGAGGUGCCUACACCUGUCGCGCAUACAGCAUCCAGGGGGAGGCUGUUCAUACCACUCACCUGCUUGUCCAAGGGCCUCCCUUCAUCGUUUCCCCUCCUGAGAACAUCACUGUCAACAUAUCCCAGGAUGCUCUGCUCACCUGCCGGGCAGAGGCAUAUCCCGGCAACCUUACCUACACCUGGUAUUGGCAGGACGAGAACGUCUACUUCCAGAAUGACCUGAAGUUGAGAGUGCGGAUCCUGAUCGAUGGGACCCUGAUCAUCUUCCGGGUGAAACCUGAGGAUGCAGGGAAAUACACCUGUGUUCCUAGCAACAGCCUGGGGCGCUCCCCUUCUGCCUCAGCAUACUUAACUGUGCAGUAUCCAGCCCGUGUCCUCAACAUGCCCCCUGUCAUCUACGUGCCCGUGGGAAUUCACGGCUAUAUCCGAUGCCCUGUGGAUGCAGAGCCACCAGCCACCGUGGUCAAGUGGAACAAAGAUGGCCGCCCCCUGCAGGUUGAGAAGAACCUGGGUUGGACCUUGAUGGAGGAUGGCUCUAUUCGGAUUGAGGAGGCCACAGAGGAGGCUCUUGGCACUUACACCUGUGUGCCUUACAACACCUUGGGGACCAUGGGCCAGUCUGCUCCUGCACGGCUUGUCCUGAAGGACCCCCCGUAUUUUACGGUGCUACCAGGCUGGGAGUAUAGGCAGGAGGCUGGCCGGGAGCUGCUUAUCCCCUGUGCUGCUGCAGGGGACCCUUUCCCUGUCAUCACUUGGAGAAAGGUAGGGAAGCCCAGCAGAAGCAAGCACAAUGCCCUGCCCAGCGGGAGUCUCCAGUUUCGAGCCCUGAGUAAGGAGGACCACGGGGAGUGGGAGUGCAUCGCCACCAACGUGGUCACCAGCAUCACUGCCAGUACCCACCUGACCGUCAUCGGCACCAGCCCCCAUGCCCCGGGCAGUGUCCGGGUCCAGGUCUCCAUGACAACUGCCAACGUGUCCUGGGAGCCAGGCUAUGAUGGAGGAUUCGAGCAGACAUUCUCAGUUUGGUACGGACCUCUGAUGAAGCGGGCACAGUUUGGGCCCCAUGACUGGCUAUCUUUGCCAGUGCCACCGGGACCCAGCUGGUUGCUAGUGGAUGCCCUGGAGCCUGAGACAGCAUACCAGUUCAGCGUCCUGGCCCAGAACAAGCUGGGAACGAGCGCCUUCAGUGAGGUGGUCACUGUGAACACUUUAGCAUUCCCUAUCACAACUCCAGAACCCCUGGUGCUGGUUACCCCACCGAGGUGCCUCACAGCCAAUCGGACCCAGCAGGGUGUGCUCCUAUCUUGGUUACCCCCUGCCAAUCACAGCUUUCCCAUUGACCGCUACAUCAUGGAAUUUCGUGUCGGGGAACACUGGGAGACGUUAGAUGGUGCCAUCCCGGGCACUGAUGGAGACUUCUUUGCCAAGGAUCUGUCACAGGACACCUGGUACGAGUUCCGGGUUCUGGCCGUCAUGCAGGAUCUGAUCAGUGAGCCCAGCAACAUUGCCGGUGUCUCCAGCACAGACAUCUUCCCACAGCCGGACCUGACCGAUGACGGGCUAGCUCGGCCUGUGUUGGCUGGAAUCGUAGCUACCAUCUGCUUCUUGGCAGCUGCCAUCCUGUUCAGCACCCUGGCCGCCUGCUUUGUCAACAAGCAGCGCAAGCGUAAGCUCAAGCGCAAAAAAGAUCCUCCACUCUCCAUCACUCACUGCAGAAAGAGCUUGGAGUCUCCCCUGUCAUCUGGCAAGGUGAGCCCUGAGAGCAUCCGCACUCUCCGGGCCCCAUCGGAGUCCUCUGAUGACCAAGGCCAGCCAGCAGCCAAGAGAAUGCUGAGUCCCACCCGGGAGAAAGAGCUGUCAUUGUACAAGAAGACCAAGAGGGCCAUCAGCAGCAAGAAGUACAGCGUGGCCAAGGCUGAGGCUGAGGCUGAGGCCACGACACCCAUUGAGCUCAUCAGCAGAGGCCCUGAUGGCCGCUUUGUGAUGGAUCCCUCUGAGAUGGAGCCCUCGAUGAAGAGCAGGCGCAUUGAGGGCUUUCCCUUUGCCGAGGAGACGGACAUGUACCCUGAGUUCCGCCAGUCAGAUGAGGAGAACGAGGACCCGCUGGUGCCCACAUCUGUGGCUGCCUUGAAGUCCCAGCUGACCCCUCUGUCAUCCAGCCAGGAGUCCUACCUGCCACCACCAGCAUACAGCCCUCGGUUCCAGCCCCGUGGGCUGGAGGGCCCCGGCGGCCUGGAAGGUCGGCUCCAGGCCACAGGCCAAGCCAGACCUCCCGCCCCCCGGCCCUUCCACCAUGGCCAGUAUUAUGGGUACCUCAGCAGCAGCAGCCCUGGGGAGGUGGAGCCACCGCCCUUCUACAUGCCAGAAGUGGGCAGCCCCUUGAGCUCUGUCAUGUCCUCCCCACCCCUGCAUACUGAGGGGCCUUUUGGCCACCCCACCAUUCCUGAGGAAAACGGAGAGAACGCUUCCAACAGCACGCUGCCCUUGACUCAGACACCCACGGGAGGGCGCUCCCCUGAGCCCUGGGGUCGGCCAGAAUUCCCCUUUGGGGGACUGGAAACCCCGGCCAUGAUGUUUCCCCACCAGCUGCACCCCUGUGACGUAGCCGAGAGUCUGCAGCCCAAGGCUUGCCUCCCUCGAGGACUGCCCCCCACCUCCCUGCAGGUGCCCGCGGCCUACCCGGGCAUCCUGUCUCUGGAGGCGCCCAAGGGCUGGGCAGGCAAGUCGCCGGGCAGAGGCCCCGUCCCAGCACCGGCCUCUGCUAAGUGGCAGGACAGACCUAUGCAACCUCUGGUGAGCCAAGGGCAGCUAAGACAUACCAGCCAAGGUAUGGGCAUACCCGUGUUGCCUUACCCCGAGCCGGCUGAGCCGGGGGGGCACAGCGGCCCCAGCACAUUUGGCCUGGACACCCGGUGGUACGAGCCCCAGACCCGGCCCCGGCCCAGCCCCCGGCAGGCCAGGCGCGCCGAGCCCAGUUUACAUCAAGUGGUGCUACAGCCCUCCCGGCUCUCGCCUCUGACCCAAAGUCCCCUGAGCUCCCGCACCGGCUCCCCUGAGCUUGCCGCCCGGGCCCGGCCCCGUCCGGGCCUCCUGCAGCAGGCAGAAAUGUCGGAGAUCACCCUGCAGCCACCAGCCGCUGUCAGCUUCUCUCGCAAGUCCACACCAUCCACCGGCUCCCCUUCCCAGAGCAGCCGCAGCGGGAGCCCCAGCUACCGGCCCACCAUGGGCUUCACCACUCUGGCCACAGGCUACCCCUCCCCUCCGCCAGGCCCUGCAGGGCCUGCGGACAACCUGGAUGUGUUUGGACAGACGCCUUCCCCUCGAAGGAUGGGGGAGGAGCUGCUCAGACCAGAGCCCCCCCCACCGCCAUUACCUACUUCAGGAACACAUCCACCUGCACCUGGGCAUGCUGCUGCACCUGAGAGGCUGGAGGCUCUGAAAUACCAACGGAUAAAGAAGCCCAAAAAGUCAUCCAAGGGCUCUUCGAAGUCAAAGAAACGAUCCGACGGUUCUGCCUCCCAGGCUCAGCAGCUUCCAGACUCCCAGGUUCUGUGGCCCGAUGAAGCCGUCUGCCUCCGAAAGAAGAAGAGACACUCUCGGCCUGACCCUUUUGCCCGCCUCUCAGACCUGUGCCACCGCCAGCUUCCAGAAGACCAGACGGCAAUUCUCAACAGCGUGGAUCAUGAUGACCCUGGCCAUGCCACCCUGCUGUGA